CUCUGAGAACACAUAAAUUUGUCAACAUUGUACGCCAGUACAAUUUUAUAGGUUAUGCCUGGGUAGAAUAAGGUUACAAGAUGGAAAUUUGGAUGUUAAAUUUAUAUAAUUUUAUGUCAUGACUACUCUACACGAUAUAUUAAAUAAAUCGACUAGAAUAUAUCAAACAUGAGGAAUGAUAUCGACAGAAUUAUCUUAAUUCAAGCUCUGGCCAAGUCUUUUAUGAGGCAUAAUCCAGCCUAUGCUUUGGCACUCGUUUUUAUUCAUUAUGUAUUGAGUAAAUUAAAUGCACUGCUGAACAUGAAAUUGAAAAUGAAACCCGUACCUCGGAAUGUCUUGAAAUACUUAGUAAAUGAAUGUUGUAAUGACACAACUUAUAUCGAUUACAAUACAUGCAUCAUAGCAAAUCCAAUUAUUUUGGGUACGCUGACAACCAAUUGGUUCAAUGUAUGUUCCAUAUUUUCAAGGAAAAAAUACAAACUUAUAAUUCUUCCACAUAGCUGUACUAAGAAUGAUGAGUUACUUGUUUCUGAAACUGUUUUAUUUAAUGUCAGAAAUACUUUGCAGACUGUGGGGCGUGAUGAUGCGACUUAUUUUAUAAUGCCAUCAUAUAAUAUUUCAGUCAAGUUCGCUACAGAGGCAAUGGUCAGUUUAGUGCGAAAUCCAUUUGAUUGCAGCGAUGAAUUAAUCGAUGCUGCUUUGCAAAGUUACUUUUCCCAGCCACGAUACCUGAGAGUCGAUGAUCUGUUUUCUAUCGACAUCAAAGAAUAUGCCCCUGAAUAUUUUUACUAUACUCCCAGUAGCAGUUUACAUGUACUAUUUUUUAAAGUUAUAAGUAUAAAAAACCAAGAACAUAAUGUAGCUAGUAAUGGUUUUUAUAUUAUACAAGAAGAGACAACGCUUACGCAGGGAGAAAAUGUCCACAGCUAUAUCCCAGGGAAAUAUACCAUUGAAAUCCCAGAAGAAAUUUGUUCUCUCUCGAUACAGCUUGGCGAAGGGCAGUAUCUGAAUAAUUGUCCGCCAUCUCUAAAAACAUCUUUAGAAAAACUUGAGGCGUGUAUUUUGCCUUUUAUGCAAAAAUAUAACAAGAUAAACAUAAAACCAGUGUUUCUUGUGCAAGGACCACCAGGGUGUGGAAAAUUUAAAUUGGCCGAAAUUGUCGCCGAGAGGUCGGGAUUUCAUUUGCUAUGUGUAGAUUUUGCAGAAGUGCACUCUUUAACGGCAGCACAAACCGAGGCUAAAUUGCGAAUUGCAUUGCAUAAUGCUAAAAGUUGUGUCCCUUGUAUUCUUAAACUGAGCAAUAUCCAGAUAUUUGGUAAAGAUUCGGAAGGCCGGAAAGACGAACGAACUCUUUCGGCGUAUCUCAAUGAGCUAAAUAAAUUAUUUGAAAAGCCAUUGAAGUACCCUCUCAUUAUCAUGGCUACGUCUGAUAUGCCAGGCAUCUCUAGUGAAUUACUGCAAACCUUUAUUGAAACAAUAGAGUUAAGCCACUUAGAUAAGAGUGAAAGAUGUGAUUUACUCGAAUGGAUGCUGCAGAGCAAAGGAUUAUGCCAUGAAACAAAUUUAUCCAAACUUGCUGGCUUGUAUUCAGAUUUCGUAUACGCAGAUUUUGAGACGUUAAUACAACAAGCUGUAAAAAUUCGAUAUCAAGAGAUGACUCCUCGAGAGAAAAUAUCAUUGAUAAAGUUGCAAGAUAAUGACUUUUCUGCGGCUUAUGAACAAAUGCAGUCAAUAUCUUCGGAUCGAAUCGGCGCUCCUCGCAUACCGAAAGUACACUGGGACGACGUAGGUGGACUAGCUGACAUAAAACACGAAAUCAGGCGUAGAAUUGAACUGCCAUUAUUGAGCGAUACUAAUUUAGGACGAUCUGGUCUACUUCUUUAUGGUCCACCUGGCACGGGCAAAACUCUACUGGCCAAAGCUAUUGCGACGGAGUGUCAACUUCAAUUCUUAUCCGUGAAAGGGCCAGAGCUAUUAAAUAUGUAUGUUGGACAAAGUGAGAAAAAUGUCCGUCAAGUCUUUGAACGUGCCCGAGCAGCAGCUCCUUGUAUUAUAUUUUUUGACGAACUGGAUUCUUUAGCUCCAAAUCGGGGCCGAAGUGGAGACAGUGGAGGGGUCAUGGACCGCGUAGUUUCUCAACUUCUUGCCGAAAUGGACGGUUUAGACAGUUCGAACAGCACCUUUAUUAUCGGUGCAACAAACAGACCCGAUCUUAUCGACCCUGCUCUACUAAGACCUGGACGGUUUGACAAAAUGUUGUAUGUUGGAGUGUACUCCAGCCGAGAUGCGCAGCUUGGGGUAUUGACGUCACUUACUCGACGUUUCGCAAUAAAAAACCGCGAGGCAAUUUUGUUAGAAGUUGUCGAACAAUUGCCAGGAAAUCUAACGGGUGCUGACUUAUACGCAGUUUGUUCCAAUGCUUGGCUUCUGGCUGUCAGAAGAAAUCUAGCAAACGUUUCCGCUAGCAAUGACUCUAGAUCAUUAGAAAUCGAAUUAACAGUAGAACUGCAAGAUUUUCUUCAAGCUAUUCGAGAUCUAGUCCCUUCUGUUAGCAAAGAAGAGAUACUUCGAUACGAGAAAUUACGGUCCGAAUUGUCAUCGUGAUAAUUUACUGGGUAGUUUAAUUGUUUUUGUACAUUUGUACAUUUUUCGAGAAUGCUGAAAUAUAGAACUUGGAGAAUAGCUGUGAAGUUAGUGUUUAAUACGUGAAAGGUUUGUCGUCACCGCCCAGCAAAAUCAAAAUAAAUGAUAUCAGCAGCUACUGUCGAGUGUCUGUAUAAUCGGAAAUCUCGAGCAAAUCUAACUGUGCAAAUGUGAAGAAAUUCCUUUCAAAGGAGUGC